AACCACCAAGCACAUAUAUACAUCUUUCUUCCUAUAGUACUGCGAAAGGAAAGGAAAAGGAAAAGAAUGGAGAAAAGUAGAGUUUCAGUGGUGGUGAUGAUUUGUUUAGUAGUGGGGGUUUUACUUAUAGAACCAACAGCAGCUGAUUUUAACGCCAUGGUAUUCGGGCUCUGCUAUGGACCUUGCUAUGUGCUCUGCCGCAUUCGACCGGGAACCUCCAAUAUAACUUGCGCUCUCAAAUGCCUCACAAGUUGCAUCAUUAAGAAAUCUAAUACAGUCGGCACCGUUGGAGACACCCAAUCGUUUUGCCACCUUGGUUGUGCUUCCGCCAUGUGUUCCAACUUAAGCUCCGAUAAUGAUCCUGCUACAAAGGCAGUUGAAAGCUGUGUGGGAGGUUGCUCAGAGACAUGCGCCAGGAAGAGCUGAUGAAGACGCCAUUAAAGAGAUAAUAGUAAAUGAAUAAAAGCCCUUUUUAUUUGGGUUUAUCUUUAAAUGUUUUUUCUUUUAAUACUCCCUCUAAUGGAAUAAUAUAAUGUAAAACAUAUAUUAUAUUUAAUAUUUGGGUUAGUCUGAACGUAAAAAAUUUGGCUCUUUUAUUUUCAAUUUAAUAUUUGCUGAAAUAUUGCAAUAUUUUUAAUAUCACUUCAACUAUUUAUCACAA